AUGAAAAAGGCCAGGCCCUGUUGUGUUCCGUUGUGCAAAGGGGAAAAGUUCCCGCUGGUCCACAAGUUUCCGGCGGACAACGAUCGCGCGGAACAGUGGAGAAAGGUGCUGAAUUUGUCCGAAUUUAUCGCCGUACCGAUCGCUAUCAUAAGGAAACGAUACUUUGUGUGCUCGCGCCACUUUCGCGAUUCGGACUACAAAAACAAGGCCUCCCGGAGCAUCAACAUGACGGCAAUUCCAUCGUUAAACCUACACGCCCUGACCGAUGCGGAAGGUUUGACGCGCAUUAUACCGCCGGCGGUGCGACCGCCCGAUGCUCCGCCAGUCCGAGCCACGGAGUUAACCCUGGCACCGCGGCCCCUCCUCGAUGAGCCGCUGUCGAAGCCGGGUGACGAGCUCAUUCAAAUUCCGCUGUCCGCGGAUCCGUUGGCCGAUAAGGCGGACUCUACCAAAUACCAGCUGAUCGAUUUCAUCGAAGAAACGUUCGCCAGCAAAUCUCCACCGAGGAUGCCCUCGGUGGACACAACGCCCUCCAGGGUCGUCAGCAAGCCGAGGGGAACCAGCCUGCUGGUUCCGCGUUCGCCCAGCGUCCAAACGAUCGAGCUGCCGGCGUCUAGCGUACGGAGAGUAUUGGCCCAGAAACACCGUGAACCGGUGGAUGCCUCGCAUGCCGCGGAGAAAAUUCGCAAACUCUCGACGACGGUGGUGCCCACCAGGGAACCGAUCGUGCUGCAAAGGGUCAAAUCAUUGCCGCCGAUGGCGAUCCGAAAGUGUUCCACCAGCACGGCGAUGACGCAAACUGAAUCGGAGGACGAUCGCCUAGCGGCUGAUAAGCGAAUCGAUCAGGAUGAACCGCAGGACGGCGAGCCGGCGGGCGGCGGUGGGACGACCAAAGUGUUGGCGCUUCUCGAAUGCACUUCGGAGAACCUCCAGCGAUUGCAGCGUAAGCUGCAGGAACAAGGCGGUGUCUUCUCGCUUGACGAGCGAUUGUUGCGACUGGACGACGAACCGGACAAGGCCGGAGAUGAUAAUGACAUGAGCUUGACUAAGGCGGACGACUCGAGCAAGUUUCUGACGAUCCGGAACUCGGACACGCAGGAAACGGUGCGUGUUAGCUACGUAUGGUUGCGCGAUCACUGCCGGUGCGCGGAGUGCUACAAUGGCACCACCUUUCAGCGAUCGUACUCCAUUCUCGAUCUGCCGGUGGACAUUGAGCCUCUUAGUAGCGACAUCAACGAUAACCAGGUCGAUGUUACAUGGUCCGAUGGCCAUCACUCGUCGUACGAUUUGACGGAAGUGUUCGACAAUCAACUCGAGGUCUACCGCAGGCAGCUUAACGAGCGACGGUCACAGCUGGUGCUGUGGGAUCGAGACCUGAUCGAGAAUCGAUGCUCGCCGGGCACCGGGUAUGCUCGCGUUGCCCUGAACGAUCUGCUCUGCGAAGACGGGGUCAUGCACCAGAUCGUGCGCAGCUUGGUGGUGUACGGGUUUGCCUUCAUCACGAGGGUGCCACCGAAUCAGCAGAGCACGGAGAUGGCUAUCAAGCGGCUUUUCCCGGUGCAGAAAACGCUCUUCGGUGAAAUGUGGACCUUCAGCGAAAGCAAAAUGGACCACAGUGAUACGGCUUACACGAACGAGUUCCUGGGACCGCACACGGACAACACGUACUUCAACGAUGCGGCCGGCCUGCAGGUGCUGCACUGCAUCCAGUUCAACGGCACAGGAGCGGAAACGAUUCUAGUUGAUGGUUUUCGGGCCACCGAAAAACUAAGGGAAGCGGACGAGCCGGCAUUCGAGCGCCUGUGCGAGUAUCCGCUCGAGGCGGAGUACAUCGAGGAGGAAAAACACCAUCGCUACUUGGCGCCCGUCAUCAAGCGGCACUGCUUGACCCGUGCGGUCGAACAGAUACGCUUCAAUCCGUCCGAUCGGGCUCCGCUGAAAACGUUGCCGGCGGACAUGAUUCCGCAGUUCUACCAGGACUACCAGCGGCUUGCUCAGGUGCUGUACAGCAAGGAGAUGCAGUGGCAGUUCCAGCUUACGCCCGGGACCGUGCUGAUCUUUGACAACUGGCGCGUGCUUCACGGCCGGAUGGCGUACACAGGGAAGCGUGUGAUGACGGGUUGCUAUGUGGCACGUACCGAGUAUCAGAGCGUCGCUCGCACGAUGGGUCUUAUCGCUUGAUCGAGUCCCCCCGGCCAGGAGAGAAAGAAACGCACAUCGGAGUACAAAUGGGCUGACACGAUGGGGGACAUUGAUACAAAACGUAGCACUUUUUUAUUUCCCCACACAGGCACGACAUUUUUACAAUAAAGCUGCACACC